AUGUCUUUGCGACGAUUCCAAACGAGAAAAUAUUCGCGGAGGUUGUUAAAAAUUCGACAAAACAGCAAACGGGAACGUCGCGUGUUCCAGUCAAAUUAUCAGUUAAGCGAUCAUUUUUACGAGACGAGAUCGAAGAGUUUGCAGAUCAUCGACGAAAGGACUACGUCGAGUCAAUCAGUGGCUCUGACGAAACAGUCGUCAGACAGCAGCGUCAUUUAUUUAGGAUCAUUCCGAAAAAUUCCUGAGUUGAUUAAUUUAGAAGACAGUGACGAUCAUUGUGAAGAACAGUUGAUAAAACUAUCCGAAGAGCAAUCUUCAGAAUUCGAGGAGCUUCAUAAUAAAAAAUUAAAAGUCCAGUAA